CGGCGCGCUGCUGUCCCCUCUCUCCGUCCACGGCUGUGGAGGCGCAGUGCUACAGGGGGAACAUGUUCAUUAAGUCUGCACGGAGGAUUUCGCAACUUUCAGUCUGCUGACGCACCAAAGACAAACAUUUCACACAGACUCGCCCUUUAAAAUGGCCCAGCAGAACAACGGCUGUUAUCACCAUGAGCAGAUGGGUUUCUUCUACAACAAAAGCGGAGGUGACGAUAAAUGGGACACCACUCAGCUCAUCCUGGUCCAGGUUGUGGGCUCCCUCUUCUGUUGCUUCAUCCUGGUCUCCAAUGCUAUGGUCAUAGCUGCUGUCAUUACCAACAAAAGGUUUCAUUACCCUUUCUACUAUCUUCUUGCCAACCUGGCUGCCUCGGAUUUCCUCGCAGGCAUAGCAUAUGUGUACCUCAUGUUUAACACGGGUGAGGUGUCACGGAGGCUUACUGUCAGUGGUUACUUCAUCCGCCAAGGUCUUCUAGACAUCAGUCUCUCAGCCUCGCUGUCGAACCUGCUGGUCAUAGCUCUGGAGCGCUACAUCUCCGUCAUGAGCUGGAAAGUUCAUAGCAACCUGACAAAGAGGAGGGUGACCCUGCUUAUCGUGCUGGUGUGGGCUAUUUCCAUCCUCAUAGGGGCUGUACCCAGUCUGGGCUGGAACUGUAUUUGCAAUCUGGAGACCUGCUCCAAGCUUGCUCCCAUCUUUAGCAGGAGCUACUUGGUCUUCUGGUCCGUCUCUAACCUGGUGGUGUUCCUCAUCAUGGUGGCCAUCUACCUGAGGAUCUAUGCCUACGUUAAGAAGAAGACGGCAAUGCUCAUGCCUCACACCACCGGCUCCAUCAACCGCAAGAGGACACCCAUCAAACUCAUCAAGACAGUCAUGUUUGUGCUUGGGGCCUUUGUGAUCUGCUGGACUCCUGGCUUGGUGGUUCUACUGAUGGAUGGCCUUGACUGUCAGACCUGCAGUGUCAUGAUAUUAAAACGCUGGCUGCUGCUCCUGGCUGUACUCAACUCGGUCAUGAAUCCCUGCAUCUACUCCUACAAGGACGAGGAAAUGUGGGCAACUUUUAAGAACCUCUUGCGCUGCAUUGGCAACGGCACUCGUCGGCAGAGGUCAUCAAGGGCUAACUCCAGGCCACUGAGCUCUGCUCAGGACACGGGCAACAGUCAGCCCCCCUCAGAAGAGAUAAAAAAUGAUGAUCAGGGAAUGCUUAAGACCUGAAAACUGUCCAGAUUUGACUGACCUUCAUGAAGGUAGACUGGAGUUGACUUGAAAGAGAAGCUACAUAUGUCUCCAAUUGGUCUCAGUGGGUUGAAUUUGUCCUCAGAUUAAAGCCAUUCUCUUUUAAAGAGACACUUUAGGCCAGCUCCUCCACUGCAGAGCUAGGAUUGUGGUUAGAUGGAGAUAAGGGAUCUUCAUGCACUGCUGUUUCCCCAAAUGGAUGCAAAUGUGCUGUUUUAUCAGGGUUUGAUCAUUUUUGGACACAUACCUCCCAUUCUUCUGUAAUGGGAAUCAUCCUGCUUUUUAGUUUUCCUUGUGACAUCCUGUGGGUUACGUAAGCACGGAUGUCACUGCAGUCGAAUGGCUGUUUUUAAACCAGUCAGUGUGACGUACACGGCUCAACAUUUCCACUUUUAAACUUGAAAGGGUGAACAUCCACGUGUAACUUUAAUAUGAUUUUGUGUAUAUGCUUGAAUCAUCAUCCUGCACGUUUACUUCCUGCGUAGCCUUUAAGGAAUGCUGUAGUGGAAGAACUAGUCAAAAAGAAUGACUUUUUUUUAAAAAGUCAGGCACUGUAAAGCUGUAGUUUAGCUUGGGCAGGACACCGUUUUAUGCUUAUUUUAGGCUUUAUAUAGAUUCAGCAAUGCAUUCUUUAAACUGUACAGUGCAGUAAAUAUGUACAUUUACAUAGUGUGAGAUGUAAUUUCAGUCAUUUCUUAUCAAGCAGUUUGGCCACCUAUACAAAACUAUGACCUGCAGCACUUGACGCAGACAAACUUGUUGUGUAACUUUAAAAAAAAAAACAAAAAAAACAUUGCUUCAGCUUGCUGAAUGGCUGAUGUUGCUCUGAUGAAACAGCUGCUCACCAGUAAAAGGGCUGUAAAAUGAUGUUGCAACACACUGGAUUCCAGUGCAAGGUUCGGCAUACAGGGUGCCUUCAGGAACUGAAGAGGAUAUGACUGAAUAGACUGUACCUCCCUUGGUGCACAGGCAUUAACACACAAGGCCCUGCAGGCUGCUGGGACAACUUUCCAAUCAUAUCUAAAUCACUGACUGGGUUCAAUUUACUUUUCUUCUGUUGUACAGUAUUUAUACCAUAUCGGUUGUAAAGGACAUCAUUACAAUUGUAUUGUUUUUAUCUUUGGAGUGUAUGUGAGAGAGAUGUUAGUGGAGACAUUUACACGUCCUGUUUUUUUAUUUUUAUAUAUAUAUAUAUAUAUAUAUAUAAUUAAGCUUACAUGACCCAUGUUCAUUCCUGUGUACUUUGGACUUUUAAACAGAGUUUUAGGCAAUUAACUGUAAUGUGAUGCUGUUUGGAGACAUUUGGAGGACAAUUCAGUCUCAAAGUUUCCUUCUGGAAAUCGAUUAAAUGUAGACUGAAGUAAGAGUGAACUAUUUAAACAAACUCCACAAGAUUACAACUUGUAUAUUCUGUGCUUAUGGAUGUAAAUCGCAGUCCUUUCUUCCUAAAGUAAACAGUGUACACUGUAUAUUGUAUACAUAGUUUGUCUUUUCUUCCCAAAAGCCCUGCUUAAGUGUCAGAUCUCCCCUCUAAUUGACAAAAAUUGACAUGCUUGAAAUGAAAACCUAUUAUUUACUCUUAGCAACUACAAACCCACAGCCAUUUUUAAUUUUCCACAAGCUAGGUAACCUGCUUUUUUGCAACAUUCACAUGUUAAAAUCCUUUCAUGCUUUAAAAUCUCACACAGCAGUCUGAAUGUAUUUCCCUAUCCAGAAGCAGAAGAGGUACCUGUAUAUUUUGCUCUGAGAAAAGUCUCAGGUUAUUAAUAACAUUCAGCUUUGUUUCAGUUGUUCAGAUUUGGUCAUGUGGUUUGCAUGUCGAAUAUAAUGUAUGGCAGCAUGUGCGAUCAAAGCAGGGGCCUCUGUAGAUAUGGCGUUUCUGCUGGCUGCAGCUCUGGUUUAGCAUUCUCAAAAACAUGAACUGUUAAUUGUGUGGCGUGGCAGUCUUUUCUUUUUUUUUUUUCUACAGCUGUUCUCUAAUUAUGCCUUCUUGAAAACCCAAUUAAAUUUCACAUAUGUUCAUAAA